AUGAAUGGCAGCACCAUGGAGGAGAUGCCGUUCGAAAGAGUUAAGACGCGGCGGAGGAAAGGUCGCUGCCCGCCCGGCACACCACUGGGAUCCAUCGAGUGCGAGGAUGAAUUCAAAAGCCAGGAGCUGGAAACUCUCUUCCAGACCUACAACCUGAAGCUGGAGCAGACCGCUACCCUCAAGGCUCUGGCGGUGCUCAUCGUGGCCGCGUCGUCGCUGUCUCUGGUGGAGCUGCUGUCCAGCCAGCGGCUCACCUUGUCAAAGGGCUCCUACCCGGUGCACUGCGUGGUGUUCCUGUCGCUCUUCAUCGUCACCAACGUCAAGUACCUGCAGGUGACGCAGCUGCAGCAGAUCGCCAAGCUUGCCCUGCUGUUCAGCUUCACCUUUGCGCUGCUCUGCUGUCCGUUCCCACUUGCGUUAGGUACGGCGGACGCGGUGAGCGCCGCAGCCCCGGAGCAGGGUGUAUGGCAGCUCAUGCUGGUCACUCUGGUGGCUUACGUGCUGCUGCCUGUGCGGACGCUGCUGGCCGUGUUGUUUGGGGUGAUGCUGGCUACAGCCCACUUCAUUGUAAUUGCGACCUCCGUGGCCGGGAAGAGGCAGAAACCGUGGAGACCGCUGGUGGCCAACGCUGUGCUUUUCACCAGUGUCAACCUUUCGGGGGUGUUUGUGAGAGUUCUCACCGAGCGCACUCAGAGAAAGGUUUUUCUGCAGGCUCGCAAUUGCAUCGAGGAGCGGUUGCGGCUGGAAGACGAAAAUGAGAAACAGGAGCGUCUCCUAAUGAGCCUGUUGCCAAGAAAUGUUGCUAUGGAGAUGAAGGAGGACUUCCUGAAGCCACCGGAGAGAAUUUUUCACAAGAUCUACAUCCAGCGCCAUGACAAUGUCAGCAUCCUGUUUGCAGACAUUGUGGGAUUCACCAGCUUGGCUUCUCAGUGCACUGCUCAGGAACUGGUCAAGCUGCUCAAUGAACUCUUUGGGAAGUUCGAUGAAUUGGCAACGGAGAAUCACUGCAGGCGCAUAAAAAUUUUGGGGGACUGUUACUAUUGUGUGUCAGGACUAACGCAACCCAAGGCAGACCAUGCUCACUGCUGUGUGGAGAUGGGACUGGAUAUGAUUGAUACAAUCGCGUCGGUGGUUGAAGCAACAGAGGUGGAUCUAAAUAUGCGCGUUGGACUGCAUACCGGACGGGUUCUGUGUGGUGUGUUGGGCCUGAGGAAGUGGCAGUACGAUGUCUGGUCAAACGAUGUUACAUUGGCAAAUGUGAUGGAGGCCGGUGGGCUGCCUGGUAAGGUGCACAUUACAAGGACCACCCUGGAGUGUUUAAAUGGAGACUAUGAGGUGGAACCCGGUUUUGGCCAUGAGAGGCAUGCCUUCUUGCAGAAGCACCACAUCGAGACUUUCUUCAUCGUGCCUUCGCACCGACGUAAAAUUUUCCCUGGUAUUAUCCUGUCAGACAUCAAACCAGCCAAGAGGAUGAAGUUCAAGACGGUGUGCUAUCUGCUGGUGCAGCUCAUGCAUUGUAGGAAGAUGUUCAAGGCUGAGAUCCCCUUCUCUAAUGUCAUGACCUGUGAGGACGACGACAAGCGGCGAGCUCUGCGGACUGCAUCAGAGAAGCUGAAGAGCCGAACAUCCUUUUCAGCCACCGCUGUGCAGCACUCCCCGGCCACAAGAGUCAACCGUUACAUCGGUCGGCUUAUUGAAGCACGGCAGACCGAGUCCAGGACAUCGGACCUGAACCAAUUUACCCUGUUUUACAGGAGUAGAGACAGGGAGCACAGGUAUCACCAGGUUUAUGAUGACCAUUUCAUCAGUGCGGUGGUUCUCUCUCUGAUCCUGGGUGCUCUGUUCGGCCUUAUCUAUCUACUAAUGAUCCCACAGGGGAGGUUGGUGUUGCUACUGUUGGUGCUGUGUGUGUGUUUCCAUGUCGCCUGUGUGAUGUACCUGCAUCUCACCAAAAUUCAGUGCCAACCAGGAUGUCUGACCAUCCAGAUUCGAACAGUCCUCUGCAUCUUCUUGGUUAUGCUCACCUACUCUGUUACACAGGCCUGUGUGGCGGGUUGUGUGCCUUGGGGUAAAAUUGAGAGGAACUCUAGCCGUUUUGUGGAAGACAUCCCUGCCAAUGCCCUCGGCGUUGGACGUUCCAACAGCUCCACAGUGGACAGGAUGGUUCCCAGCAUGGCUUAUGCCCUGCUGUCCUGUGUGGCGGGGACCCUAACUGUAGUCCCUUACCUCCGUGUUUCAUCUCUCCCUAAGAUUUUGCUGCUCUUCAUCGUCUCUGUUACCUACACGGCGGUUAUGGAAAGCAGUGGCUACCGACAGGCGGUGGGUGGCGGCUUUCUUCACACAAGGGGCUACGAUCCAGUGUUGGCUGUCCUGCUGUUUUCUGGAGCUCUGGCUCUUCAUUCCAGGCAGUUGGAUUUGAAGCUGCGGCUUGACUAUCUUUGGGCAACACAGGCAGAAGAGGAGAGAGAUGAUAUGGAGAAGGUAAAGCUGGACAAUAAAAGAAUCCUGUUCAACCUGCUUCCAGCUCAUGUGGCUCAGCACUUCCUGAUGUCAAACCCAAGAAACAUGGACCUUUAUUAUCAGUCCUAUGCUCAAGUUGGUGUUCUGUUUGCCUCCAUCGCCAACUUCAAUGACUUCUACAUCGAGCUGGAUGGGAACAACAUGGGAGUCGAGUGCCUGAGGCUGCUCAAUGAGAUCAUUGCGGACUUCGAUGAGCUCAUGGAUAAAGAGUGCUACAGGGAUAUUGAGAAAAUCAAGACCAUUGGUAGCACAUAUAUGGCUGCAGUGGGGCUGGUCCCUACAACUGCUUCUAAGACAAAAAAGUCCAUCACUUCACACUUACGCAUGGUGUCAGACUUUGCCAUUGAGAUGUUUGAUGUUCUUGAUGCCAUCAACUAUCAGUCCUACAACGACUUUGUCUUAAGAGUAGGAAUCAACGUUGGCCCCGUGGUGGCAGGAGUGAUUGGAGCCCGUCGGCCUCAGUAUGAUAUCUGGGGAAACACAGUAAAUGUAGCCAGCAGGAUGGACAGUACAGGAGUUCAAGGAAAAAUACAGGUGACAGAGGAUGUCUAUCGCCUCAUUUCCGACUACUACAACUUUGUGUGUCGGGGUCAGGUCAGUGUGAAGGGCAAAGGCCAGAUGCUUACAUACUUUCUGGAGGGAUGCAGGAAAGGGAGCAGGCCAUCUCAGAGCCAGCAGCCACAGCACACCAACAGUGAGCGUCGGUCGAGCGCCUUUACCCACAGCAGUGUUUGCACCAAGCUUAGUCCCACACAAACAGUGACCAGCUACUCGAACAUAAGGACCCCGAGCCCAGGCGUGCCGAAAGUGACCACCUCCACCAGCACUACCAGGUAUCUGCCAUCAGCUUCUGCAGCAGUGGUGUAAUGCAUGCUAUCCCAAAGAGAGUUUGGGAAUAAAAAAAAAAAAAAGAGUGGAGAUGGGUAAAAGGAUCGCUGUAGCAGAGAAAAGCUUGCCUCUACUCUUGAUCAUAGUGUUUCUGGUAGUGGAGUACAGAAAAGAGCAGAAGCUCUCCUCCUCCAGCGGGAGGCCCAGGAUUCAAGUCUGCUUUCGCUAUGGGACCAUCCAACACCUUGAUCCGACUCUCCCUCUCCAUUCGAGCAGUUUGCCUCAGUCAGGAUAUGGGAUGCAUUCGCCACGUGAUGCUUCGUCAUCAACCCAAGGCCAAGGAGUCUCUGGGAUCCAAUAUCCUUUUCCAAAACUGACAGUGUAGCAUGCAAUCAUCUAACAACAACUAACACCUAGAAGUUCCUUUAAAAUGACCAGUUUAUUAUAGUGUACAUACCAUGUCAGUGCUAUUGCCUUAGAGGCUGCUACUCACACAGAGUUUGGGACUCUGUUGCCUUUUAGUUCAUUUGUGGAAAUUUGGUGGCGAGAGACUUUAACAGGGUUAUUGCUGCCUCAGUGUACUUUUAAAGCCAAAUGUUUGACAGUGCAAGCAGAUUUAGAGAUUGCUCAAAAAAGACAUGGCACUUACGGGUCGGGGAUGUUGUUCAUCUUACUAAAACACCAUAAAAGUACAAGUUAUUUUUUUUUUAUUACAAUUCUUUAAGUGCAUGAUACCAUAGCUGCAUUUUUGUUGUGAAUGCCGUCCGUUUCCCUGUGAUGCUUGACUUCCAGACUCUUCCUCGUCAAAGUGUAGCAAUAAAGCAGUUUGUCUCCUACCGUUAACGCGUCUUAUCGCGUUCUCCCUUUUUGCAUGCUGUAGCCUGCUAGGUCCUGAGUUGACCUGAUAGUGUUUGUAGCUAAUAGAGUGUGCAUAGCUAGCCACAACAGUCUUUAUCUCUGUGGGAUUGAAGCAUGACUUGGGGAGCUUUUGUUUUAUUUUUUGGUGUGAUAGCCUCUUUUUUUUUUUCAAAGCAAACAGUUUUGUAUUUACGAAGACAUAUAUGCUCCUGUAGAAAUGUGCUUUUCAGUUGUUUUUAUUAAAGACAAAGCUGUUUCGUAGAAAAAAGAAAAUGUGUGUUUAUGAGGAGACACCCAAAUCUCUGGUUCUGGCUUCGUCAUGCAAACCCAGACGAUUUAUUUUAUAGUAUAGCAUUCGCAGUACGGCUUACCACAGCCAUUAACUCUCCUCUAAUCAGUUUUAGCAUGCAAUGCCUGCAAGGCUGUGGCUCGUACAUGCAUGCUUUGAUGAAACACUGAUGCAGCGCAAGCAGCAGACACUCAGAGGCUCUUUUUUAAUAUUGUCCUCAUGCAUGCACUAACAUUAUCGGUUUCUCUUGAAUGUAGGGUGCUUUAUUAAAACAACUUCUUUAUGAGCUUGAUGUGUGAAUCUAAAUGAGAGUGUUUUUUCCAGGAUUGAUAGGCAUCAGGCUGAAGCAGUUUGUUUUUUAGUGGGGUCCUGCUGUAUUAAAAAAAAAAAGGAAGCUGUUUCUUUCAAACGUGCCAACCUAUUUUCAUAAACAUAUCAAACUUUUCCUGUCAAGCUGUAGCACAACUAAAUAGCCGUGGCUACAGUUCUCAUGGGAUUUUUUUUUUGUUUGUUGAAUGCCUGUAUUUUUACUAUUCAAACUGUUCCUGAACAGUUGUUUUUUUUUCACUAAAUAGAAGGCAAGAGUUGAUUUUGGAAAUUUAAAUGACAGAUGUGUUGUACUUAUAUUUAACAUAGAUGAAAUAUCUAGUAUCUCUGAUGCUUUCUUUGAGCUUUGAAAUGAGGAUUUUUAUAAAGUUUAUUUAAAAUAGUUGAAGAGAAGUUACUGGAAAUUAAUUAUCCAUAAUAUUUUUUCUGUAAAUUGGAUAUUUUCAUACUAUAUGAUACGGGUUAUAGUUGUUAUAUGUAGGUAAGACCUGCUCAUUUUGUCUAUUUCUGAGCUAUAUUCUGAAUUCUUUGAUAUUUGUCAGGUUCUUUUCGUUGAAGAUGUAUUUAUGGAGAUGUUUUAUGUGAAUGUAAAUUUUGUUAAAGACAAUAUUUUAUACUAAGUGUUUGCACUGAGAGAUU